AAGUGGCCACUCAAGCCCAGCCCAGGGGGGCUGCCCUUUCUCUCUCUCUCUCUCUCUCUCUUCCCUGGCCUCUCUCCUUCCAAGAGGAGCUCAGGAUGCUGAAGGCUGUCAUCCUCAUCGGGGGAGCCCAGAAAGGGACCCGCUUCCGACCCUUGUCCUUUGAGGUGCCCAAGCCCUUGUUCCCUGUGGCAGGGGUGCCGAUGGUACAGCAUCAUAUUGAGGCAUGCACUAAGGUGCCCAACAUGAAGGAGAUCCUCCUGAUUGGUUUCUAUCAGCCCAACGAGGCUCUCAGCCGCUUCCUGGUCUCAGCCCAGCAAGAAUUCAAAAUCCCAAUACGGUACCUACAAGAAUACGCAGCCCUUGGCACAGGUGGUGGCAUCUACCACUUCCGGGAUCAGAUCCUCUCUGGUAACCCUGAAGCCUUCUUUGUGCUGAAUGCUGAUGUCUGUUCUGCCUUUCCUCUUGAUGAGAUGCUUGGCUUCCAUCGACAACGUGGUGAUCCUGACAGCUUCCUUAUGCUGGGCACCACGGCCAACAGGAAACAGUCCCUCAACUAUGGAUGCAUUGUGGCAAAUGCUGAUACACACGAGGUGCUGCAUUAUGUGGAGAAGCCCAGCACAUUUGUCAGCGAACUCAUCAACUGCGGCAUCUACUUGUUCACACCAGCCAUCUUCCACCACAUUGGAGCCGUCUUCCAACGGAACCAGCAGGAGCUGCUCCUGGGCUCAUAUAUUGGAGAGGAAAGCACCAAUGGCUGGCAGCGAGCUGAAGCCAUCAGACUGGAGCAGGAUGUGUUCACAGCCCUUGCUGGGCAAAGACGUCUCUUUGUCUACAGAACAGAAGGGUUUUGGAGCCAAAUUAAGUCUGCUGGGUCUGCCAUCUAUGCCAAUCGCCUUUAUCUUAGCUGCUACAGCCACUGUCACCCAGAGAGACUUGCCCAGAACCAGUCUGAUGGACCCACCAUCCGAGGAAAUGUUUACAUCCAUCCAACAGCCUCUGUGGAUGCCAGUGCAGUGCUCGGUCCCAAUGUCUCUAUUGGGAAAGGAGUGACGAUUGGUGCUGGAGUUCGUGUGCGGGAAUCGAUCAUUCUCCAUGGGGCUUCUCUUCAGGACCAUACAUGUGUGCUGAACAGCAUUGUGGGCUGGGAGAGCACCAUUGGACGCUGGGCCCGUGUGGAGGGGACUCCCAGUGACCCCAACCCUAAUGAUCCCUAUGCAAAGAUAGACAGUGAGACUCUCUUCCGGGAUGGCCGCCUCACUCCUUCCAUCACCAUUCUGGGUUGCAACGUGACGAUUCCUGCUGAAGUUGUCAUCCUGAACUCCAUUGUCCUGCCUCACAAGGAACUCAGCCGCAGCUUCAAGAAUCAAAUCAUCCUCUGAAGGGAAAGGGUGAAGGUGGUAACCUCUGUCUGUACUCAGAGGGGCCUCGUAAUGCGGUAGCCAGAGACUUCAUCAAAUCCACCCUUAAGCUGCAUCCCAUCUCUCUUCUUGGUGUGGUGAGACAAGGACAGCAUCAAGACAUAUCUCCCUCUGGGGCAUGUUUCUGGAUGAGCUACUGUCUGGUACUGGAGGGAUUUGAAAUGGAUGACCUAUUCUUUCUUUAACUGUCACAGAAUCCUGCCUCUUCUGUUGGCGCCAUGCUACCUCACUGCUAACCAAGGCAGCUGGUAGGGAAGAUAUGUGGAUGUGCAUAAGUGGUAGAUUUCACUUGGUAUUUAGGGUACUGAAUGGACUUAGAGACAUGUCUUUGUGCUCCUUUGGAUCUCGGGUGCCUUCGUUCAACUUCUUUGAUUCCUGUCAGAGUCUUCCUCCUGAUUCUCCAUAGCAAAGGUGCAGGGAAACGUCAGCAUUGCUGUUAAGUCUGAGUAGCAUCCAUCCAAGGUUCAGGUUCAGAGAGUGGGAAAUCCUCCAACCAUCAUCAUUACCUUUUCUUUGAGAGGCCUGAAGCUGAGACAAUAGAGUUUAUCAAUCAGUUAAGGUGCUUUAAAAAAACACCCUGAUAUCUAUGAUACAGUUCCUGUUAAAAACUCUAAAACAAAAAUCCAUCACCACUUAUUUUUCUGGCCUUAAUGAUAAGCUUACAAAUCCUUCCUGUCAAGUACUAAUUUUGCACUGAGUCAUUGGACUGGCAGCUUCUGAGGGGUGCCCAAGGAAAUCCAAAAACACAGAAAAGGUUAAACUUUAAAUGUUUCCUCCUGUAAUGUACUUUGAGGACAUGCUGUUGGAUAUAAAUAUUUGAAAUAAAUUGAGUAUAAAUAUUUGAGAUAAAUUAAUGCAGGGAGCUGAAGUUUCUUUUGAGUUUUCAGUUCAUUUCUAAGAACUGGCUCAAGACUGCUACCUUCUCCCUCCUAUAAACUCAGAAAUUGGAACACCCAGAGAACUGGUUGCAGAACUGAGGAAAUGGCUGACCUAAAGCAGAGUUCAAGUUUCAAUGCAUGCACCGUGGGGAACAUCAAAGAGCAUGUAGUCCAGCCUUCCUUGUAAUGCAGAGGAUCUACUGUUACAGCUCCCCAUCCAACCUUGGUUUAAAAACCUUUUUAAAAAGGAGAGUUUCUCACCUUGUGACGCAUUAUUUUCCACUACCAGACAUCAGAAAGUUCUUCUGGAUAUUUAGUUGAAAUCCCACCUUAUAAUUUGAACCUGUCGAUUUGGAUUCCACCCUGGGGGGCAACAGGGAAGAGUUCCCAUCGUCUAUGAGGCAGCAUUUCAAAUAUUGGAACAUGGCUGUUGUAUCACCUUUGAAUAGUUUCUUCUCCAGGAUAAACAUGCUCAACCUCUUCAGCUAAUUCAAACAACGUAAGUCAUGCUCUGGUCAUGAUCUGUGUGAUAGUCUUUCAAGUGCCUGUCAUAUUACCUCUUAAUCAUCUCUCCCCCAACCUAAAGAUAUCAAAUUUCUGUUUCUUCAUAGGGCUUCCAUGUAGUAGAAUUAUAUCUGGAACAGGUUCUAUUGCCUGGGUUUGUAUCUGUCUUCAAAAUUAACCAGUAAAAAAGCACACUUUGUGGUUGCAGCCACUCACUAUAUUAGAAGUAGAACAUUUUCCUUCAUACAUCUUCCUCUCCCAUCAUAAAGUGGCCUGUGUGCAUUUACAGUAAUAAAAGCAAGGAAUUUGGCACCUUGUUGCUAUGCAUUUAACCCAGGGUAGGUUUUAAAUGUUGCCUUUCUUAGGACUCUAGACAAUUUUUGUUAACAUCUGCCAUUUUUGUAACAUCUGCCAUUAUGAUAAAUAAAAAGAUUGUGUGUUAUAUAUAUUAA